UUACUAUUGAGUGUCGCCUCCACUCACCUCACCCCAUAAAUCCUUCCCCAGACGUCCUCGUACUCCCUCGUAUUCAUUCGUACCCCACACCCACAGAACCCAAAACCUAAAAAGACAAGAAGCAGAGCUCUCAGUCUCCAAAACUUCGAAAUGAACGUGUUGGAGUCACCUCUCGAAGCUCUCGCUCUUAACUAUCUGAGCCUUGGCGUCCUCACCGUCGUCAAUAAUCUAUGGACAUGGGUCGCCGUCAUAACCGCCGCAUUCGGCUUCUGGAGGAUCAGAACCACCGGCGGGUCCACCGUAUCUGCUGCCUUCCUGAAAUCCGGCGACUCUCCGCCUCCUCAUCGCAAUGAUCGAAGCUCAAGCCGGUCUGACCCGGUUCCCGACGUGUCGUCUGAUGAGGCAACAGCUCCAGUACUUCCAGCUCCUGCCCCUGGAGUGGUGGUUGGAGAGGUUGAAUUCGACGGAGGGACUAAGGGGGCCAAGUUUAUUGCAGUGUAUAAGGAGGAAGAUGAGUGCAGUCAUGAGCUAACGGCGGCGGUGGCGGCGGCGGCGGAGAAUGAGUGGGAUGAGAACGGCGUGGCUGACGUCGUUGAGUGUGGAGAGUGGUGGCCGGAGAGUUGGGAGAAAGUGUUGAGGAUGAGAACGGGUGAGAUGGGGUGGUACAGGUACCAGGACAUGACGGUGUUAAACGGCAACGUCGUUAGAUUAUGGGAGGAUUCAAGGACAAGGGAUGUAAUUAGGUACAGCCCUCGCUGUCUUGCGUGGUAGUUGGAUUUAGACGGUGGUGGGGGUUUAGUUGCAAGUUUAUUGUAUAUAUAAUAUUAAAUAUAAGCUAUGUACUCUCGUUAGUUCCAACCAACCAAUUAAUUAUAUUCGAAAACAUAAUAUUAUGCAAAUCAUGUUUGUUGUUCAA